AUGAAGCUGAACUUGUUCAAGAGGUCGAUGAUAUUCGCGACCUUCUUCGGGUCGUGCUUGUGCAUUGCUCUGAUUGUGGCGUCCCUCGGUACGCAGCACUGGGUAGAUGCCAGAGCGAGGCGUUUACAGAACCCAGCGGAAUCGGAGGGUAGAAUUAGUUUUGGACUUUUCGAAGGGCACAAAGAGUUGAAUUUCGGAUAUGGCUGGCGAAAUCACGACUUAAGCAUAAAGGCAGGUACGCAUCCUGCCCGUCGUUGGGCGUGGUGUGGAACUGCAGCCCAGCUGGCAGUUUCGUUAGCCGCCAGCGCCGCUGCUUGCGUUCUCGCUGCUUUAGCCUCUGCUGCACGAGUCAGAUGUCAGCCUCGUCCGCUUCUGCUUUGUAAUUGCGCUACAGUACUCUUUUGCCUCGGAGCCAUGUCAGUGUGGUUGGCGGAGUUUUUCUUGCGGUUACAGCACAACGUUAUGUCGGAAGAAGACCUCGCGAAUACAUGGUCUUCCGAUAAUACCGCUGAUUUGGGGCUUUCUUUCUGGUUGGUGGUAGCUGCGUGUAUAUCCGCUUUCAUUAACAAUGUGUGCAUUCUCAUCGCUAUGUCUGAUGCGCCUGAGUUGGACGCAACCGCUCCGGCCUUGGAGGAAAAAGUUAACGGCGCCAUCAUGCUCUAUUAA